AGAUUGUCUUGACGACUGAGUAAGUAUCCGAAGACAAACAGGCCACGUAUUUGAAUCGGUUUUUGCACCUUCUGUUUCCGAAUACAUCUCUGUUUCUAGAUUCCUCCCAAUGGUCAUACGCCAGCAAAUGCGUCAGACACAACCGUGCAUUUUAGCCAAACACUUGUCAAAAUAAAUACAUACGGACUCUUAUCGUACGCCCCCCAUUCCUAAUUCCCUUCUCAGAGAGAGAAAAUCCUCAGCGAUUCCUCAGUGCAACAUGGAAAAGCAAGAAAAUAUGGUGAAUGUGACUGUUAUAUGGAGAGGAAACAAGUAUAUGGUGGAAAUGAAUUCUGGUGCAUAUCUCAAGGAGCUAGGAGAUGAGCUGCAGAAGUUGACAGAUGUUAAGGCGGAUACUAUGCGGCUUAUUGUUCCUCAAUUGUCGGGCAAAGGCUCGAGAAUGCUGCACCCUUUCUCGGAUGAGCACUCAUGCUUGAGUUUGCAAGAAGCUUCAAUUGUCAAGGGAAAAUCUGUGAGGAUGAUGGGAGUACCUGAGGAUGAAGUUGACCAAGUUAUACAAAAUUCAAAGGUAGACCUGAGAAUAGCUGGAUUCAAUGAAGAGGAAAGAAGACUGAGGCAGCGAAUGUCUUAUGAACCCCAUGCCUUGAUAAGACUUCCUCAAGGACCUUAUAUCUUUUGUGAUUUUAGGACACUUCAGAUCCCAGGAGUAGAGUUACACCCUCCUGCUUCUGAGGCAUUAAAAAGGAUGCAUAUGCUUGCUUCAGACCCUGGAAUUGUCGCUAUCAUGAACAAGCAUCGAUGGCGUGUUGGAAUAAUGACUGAGAUGGCUCCAGUUGGUUACGUUGGUGUGACUCCCAAAUGCAUUCUAGGUUUUAAUAAGAAUCAUGGAGAAGAGAUAUCUCUCCGUCUUCGAACUGAUGACCUCAAAGGCUUCAGGAAAUAUGAGAGCAUUAAAAAAACUCUUCUGCAUGAACUUGCUCAUAUGGUAUUCUCUGAACAUGAUUCAAAUUUCUAUGCCUUCGAUAAACAGUUGAAUGAAGAAGCUGCUAGCUUAGACUGGACCAAAUCUAGGGGCCACACUUUAAGUGGAAUCAGACAUUCAGAGAAUUAUGAAGAAGACUUUUACGUUAAAGAUGGCAGUUCUCAGAAGGUUGGUGGAAAUAUGUCAACUUUGCUGGAAAAUGCCCGUGCAUCUUCUGUAGCUGCUGCUUAUCGCCGUCUGAUAGAUGCUUCUGCCAAUAAUGUAGAAGCAUCUGAAACACAUGAUGAGCCUGACCCUGAUGAUUCUGGGUUGAUAAUGCAUGACGGAAAUGAAAAUCUAGAUAUUCAAAGUCCAAUCGCUCAGGCGAAACUUGCUUAUGAACCAGAUCCCGAUGGUCUUUCUAGCAAUCAAAACAAAUUAGAACCUGAUCCAGAUGAUUUGCAGCAUGGUGAAACUCUACAACUGAAGCAUUGUUCUAAAUCUACCAAAAGCAAUUCUCAGAACACUCUUGGGAAAUCAUCAGCCAUGAGUUCAAGUGAAGAGCCUGAUCCUGAUGAUUCCGGUGUUUCUUCAAGUUUUGGAAAUGUAGGUGAACCUGUGGCGGAGAUUCUGGACACCAAGAUUAUGACAAGUGAGACCAUAGAUGAACCAGAUCCUGAUGAUAGAGAAGCACAAUGGAAAAUUUUGGGUUGUCCAAACAUAGCAAGACAUGAUCCUCGUCAUAACAUAACAACUGAAACCUUGGAAGAUCAAGCCCAUUUCAACCAAGGUAAUGAAGAACUUGAUCCUGAUCCAACCAAAGCAAAUGAAAUAGCACAAGUGGAGCAUCAUCCACAUGAUAAGUUAGUGCCGCAACUGGGAAUAUCUGAUAUGAAAAUUGAUGAGCCUGAUCCUGAUGAUCAAGAAUUACAGAGAAUCCGAGACUCUGUUACCAGUGUUUGUAGUCGCAUGCAAAAGGCCAUUGAGAUGUUGCGAUUUGAAGUUAAUCCCACAGAGGCAGCAAUUGUCCUGCAAACUCUAUUUAAGAUAAUCAGGAAUGUGAUUGAACACCCAGAUGAAAUGAAAUUUAGAAGACUUCGGAAGGCGAAUCCAAUAAUCCAAAGAAACAUUGCAAAUUACAAAGCUGCCAUGGAAAUACUUCUCUUGAUUGGUUUUAGUGAAGAUGUUAUAUUGGAUGAAAUGGGGAAGGCAGAAACCUAUCUAGUGCUAAAGCGGAAUGACCCUGGUCUGUUAUGGCUUGCAAAGUCCUCCCUUGAAACAUGUAUUGCUUACUAGUUUUGCCAACGUGUGGAUAUGUGUGAAAAAUGCUUGGCCAACAAAUGUGUGAAAAUAAGUGAGACGUUCAAAAUGGUGAAGAAAACGCAUAACGUGUAAAUUGUAGGUGGUGUGAAUGGACAUACAAGAUUGAUUGUUUACUUCAUAUUGUAAUUAUUUGAGAAAAGAUUUGUAAAAAGAAAAAUAAAAGUUGGUUUGGAAA